CUUCGCGGCAGUGAAGAAGUUACGCUCAUGGUGAAAGCCUCUCUAUUGUGUUACGCUUUUCCUCACACCCUCGAACGCAAUUGCUAUGUUCUAACUCCCGAGGGCUUGACUUAAUGACGACCUAGUUCAACAGCAGUUACACUCAUGGAGUCAUCCUUAAAGAGGGGAGAGGACCCAGAAGAGGCUGCAAGUGGCUCCUCUCCUGAAGCUCAGGAUGGGAAAAUUGUAGCUCAGGGUGGAAGCCAUGUCUUAGUUCCAACACUGACGGGCAAUACCGUUCAAGGAAACAUCAGCAUCAACUCAAACAUUCAUCAUCAUUAUCAUGGUCUUGGGGUUUCUGCUCCGGCAACACCACCACAGGACCCUGAUCAUACCUCUAAAAUAAAUGAAUACAAGACAUCCGUCUGCUCCGAAUAUAAAAAAGUGAAGGAGUAUAACUCUGGACCUGGUGAGAAUGUGCUGCUGGCUGAUCGCUACACUGAGCUGCUGAUCGUUGAGAAACCAAGAAAGCAGAGUGAAAGAGAGGAGGAGAUCCGUUGUAGAGGAAAACAUCACCAGCAGGUCUUAAAAACCAGGGCCAGUGAAGCGCACAGAAGAAUCACUGUUGACCAGUUGUUCAAACCUGAUGACGGUGGAGAGGUUCCAAAGGCAGUCAUUCUGCAGGGCCACUCUGGACAUGGCAAAUCCUUCACUUCUCAGAAGAUCAUGUACGACUGGGCCUCAGGAAAAGUAUUCCAAGAUCUGGUCCACCUUGUUCUUCACCUUGAAUGCAAAAAUUUUAAUGAAAUCUCAGAGGCAUGCAGUCUGGUGGAUCUCCUGGGAUACUGUCCAGGCUUCACAAGUGAGACAGAAGAGGUGCUGAGGGAUUCAACAAUGAAAGUGCUCUUCCUCAUUGAUGGCUUUGAUGAGCUCAAGUUCUCAUUUGAGAAAACUUGCGGAGUGCCACCUAAAGACCCUUUUAGAGAAGCUCCUGUUGAGGCCACUCUGAGUGCUCUGCUAAAGGGGCUUCUCCUGCCUAAGUGCCUCCUGCUAGUCACCACCAGGUCCACAGCUUCAGACAAACUGAGCAGGCUGCUCAGUUCUUCUCAGCGUUUCACUGACAUCCUAGGCUUCACUGAGGAGGAGGGGGUGAAGAAGUACUUCCAGAGGUUUUUCAAAGAAGAACUGCUAGCCAAGAAAGCCUUUGACUGUGUGAGGACCAACGAGACUUUGUACACUGCCUGCUCCAUCCCCGUUAUCUGCUGGAUCACCUGCACAGUUUUCAGGGAGCAAGAAAUGGACAUCAUUAAGGAACUAAAAACAACCACCUCUAUAUUUGUACACUUUGUGACCACUCUGCUGGAGCAUCACUGCCAGGGUUUGGGUCAGCCUGAAACACUGCUGAGGAGCCUGGGCCAGCUUGCAGAGAGAGGGUUACAGGAACAUCAGGUCCUGUUUGAUGAGAAAAGUUUGUCUGAGGCUUUCCCUGAUCCAUCACAAGCAACCAAAUACAAUCCUUUCCUCUGCAAACACUUGCAAACCAUCAAUGUCAAACAGGAAAGAAAGUACAGUUUCAUGCAUCUGAGCUUCCAGGAGUUCUUCACUGCUUGCCAGUACCUGAUGUUGGAGAAUGAGGAAGAGGCACUUGACAAACUAAAGGAGUUGUUAGGAAACGUUAAACGUUUUAAACCUGUUGUUCAAUUCCUUUUUGGGCUUUCAAACAAAGACAUUGACCCACACCUGAAAAAGCAGUCCUGGCCAUCCAUUCAAGAUCAUCUGCAGGAGUGGCUUCUAAGCAUUUUACAAAAUAAGAGCAUGGGUGCUGGGGAUAUGCUGCAUCUACUUCAUUGUCUCUAUGAGCUCCAUGAGGAUGACUUUGUAAGGAAAGCCAUUAGAUGCUGGAGAGAGAUUUGGUUGAUCAACACUGCCCUGACAAGCACAGACUGCUUGGUGCUGCUGUACUGCCUGCAGUGUUGCCCGACCAUCAGAAGCCUGAAGCUCACAAGGUGCGACAUAACAGCAGAUAAGCUGAGGAUGCUGCAGCCUGCACUGAGCAGGUGCGAGGAGCUGGGGUUAACUGUGUGGAGGCUGUCAGAUGCUGAUGUUGGUGUCCUGAUCUCAGCUCUGGGGGAGGGGACGAUCCUGGCUGAACUGAGCGUGGCAGGGAGCAGCCUCUCACCUGAGAGUGUGGAGCAGGUCUUCAGAGCUCUCUACAGACAAAAGUCUGUGGGUAAAGUCCAUCUGUCUGUGACGACCAUCACUGUCACCACCCCAGCCCUGUGCUUGGAAUUCAUUCAGAACACAAAGACGUGCCCUCACCUGUGGCUUGAGGUUAAUUCAAGUCCACCAUCCUCUCUCUCUGUGAAGAAAGACUCCAGAGGCCUCAGCGUGGAAAUCAGCAGCCUCUCACCUGAGAUUGUGGAGCAGGUCCUCAGUGCCCUCUCCAGACAAAAGGCUGUGGACAAAGUCUAUCUGUCUGUGAAGACCAUCGCUGACACCACCGCAGCCCUGUGCUUGGACUUCAUUCAGAACACAGAGACAUGCCUGAAGCUUGAGGUUAAUUCAAGGCCACCAUUUUCUCUCUCUGUGGACAAAGACUCUAGAGGCAUCAGACUGGGUGUGAAUUCACUGUUGUCUUCCACAAUGUCACCUGUUUUACUUACCCUGUCACAAGCCGAAAGCCCAACCAGCGGCAGCUUUACCGACUUCAUCGACAAGUUUUGCGAUGCCACAGGUUUAAGAGCAAAUCCACAUAGGUCUCCAGAUGACUGUAUAGGUGUUCUUGAGUCCUUCACUGAAUGGGGGACUCUGCCUGGUCUGGAGGAGGUGAAGUUGGAGGUGAGCUGCCUGACUGAGAGCUGGGCCCACUGGAUCCUCAACCUCAUCCACACGUGCCCCACUCUGAAGGAAGUCAAGUUACAGGCUUCAUUGGGUUUUAAGGUUUGCUUACUGGAGGAGGGGAUCAGUCUUCUGCAGGAGUCCAAUAGGCGUCCGGAUUGUACUGUGACCCUCACUGGGAGGAGAUGCACUAAACCUAGUGGUAAGUGUACUGAGGAAGAUAACCCCCAACUGGGCUGCAACAAGAAGGUGAAGAUCCAAAUGAAGGGGCCAAAUGUCACUGAGGAGAUUGUGGUCUCUGAUACCUGUACUGUAGCCGACAUUAAGCGGCACUUAAGGGAAGCUUUCCGACCUUUCAUGCAACUUUCACAAAAGGUUCAAAUUCUUUCAGAAUAGAUUUCAAGAUUUUAUUGAUUACUUGGAGGGCUCUUCAUGGCCUCUCUCCUAGCUA